ACUACAUUGAACAAACAUUCAUUAUCUUCCAGCCUCGCCAGCGAAUAUUCCUCAUGAUCGGUCAUACCGGCACAAUCUCUGCUUACCCGUUCGGCGCAAGGCGCAUUCACUAGCGGCAUGCCACAAUGCCGUAUCCCAUCAAAGCGCCCCCAUUCGGUGCUUUUAUUUCCUUUUUUUCUUCUUCUAUAGUCCAUGCAGCUCGUCGGGUUGCCUCUUAAGGUCGUCUUACUGGCUGCCUUAAGUCCAUACUCCGGCUUCCCCUCGAAUGAGCUCGAGGUGGAGGAUUCGCAUCAUGUUACGAUGGCUGCAGCCUGCGUAGUAUCUAUCUACCGUGUUACUUGCCUGAACGCUCACGGCCGUGUUGACUCAGCCAGCCUCGAUUCUCUCGAACUUACUAGCUAUAUCUUCUAAUACGGUUAAUUUUUUUAUUUUCCAAGCAUUGAUGCUCUUAGACUUUCUCUUCUCAUCUAAGAAUUAUAAUUAUUUAUGAUCUAUCAUUUAAGGCGUUGCUAGCCCUGUCGCCUCUUUGCCCUCAAUCGCUCAAUCUAUCCCUCCCCUUAAGUGACCCGAAAAGCUGUGCCCACCCAUAUAUCUACCCACGUACCUACCUAGUCCGGUAUUCUUAAUGCGUAACUACAUAGAAUUUUCGUGCGAGCUCCGUUUCGACGCACCACGCCUAAUAUCCCGUUCCAAAAUGACGAUAGCGAAAGUAAACCGCACGAUCUCGCAUCUAGCCCAGCGUCUCAAGCUCCGACACACCGGCAAGGCUGCGAAGGACAGCCUGAAAACCAACACCACGACAAGCCUCUCCACGACCCGCGACGAGUCCAUGAAGUGCGAGGUCAAACACCUCGAUCUACUCUGGGACGACCGCGACGAGCAGUACUACAAGGAGCGCAAGGACGAGGUCAAGAAACCCAAGCAGAAGGACUGGUGGCGCCUCUUUGCGUUCUGUCUCGUGAGGGUGUAUUACGAGGACGACGAGCUCGAUACGACGCGGCUGUAUGUCAACGCGGAGCCCCUGCGUAGAUUGCUCAGAGACGUCAUCGGCGAUUACCCCGACGACCCCGUCGACGUCGACGACGUCCAGAUCGAGAGCCCGUAUUACUCGCUCUUCUACUACCGCGCGGAGCUCGAGCGCGAGGGGCGCGCGCGGUUCAAGGAGGACGAGGAGGCCGCUGCGCAGUUGCGGUUGCUGGUCCAGUGGAUCCGCACGCAUUUCGAGGCGGAGAUCGCGGCGUUCGAGCGCUGUGUCGGUGAUUUAAGAGCGAUUUCGUACGAGCAUCUCUGGACGCUGUUUCCGCCCGGCAAGAUUAUUCAUGCGAAGGUGCUGAACCAGCACCGCGCGUUCCGCGUUCAUAGUUGUUGGUAUGAGGGCGGGGAUUCCCCGAUUUUGAAUAUUUGGGCGGAUUUUGUGGAUUUUGAUGGCGAGAAGUUGGGCACGAGGAAGGCGGAGCUGUUUGUGGCUAAGUAUGCGGGAACCCGGCAGUUGAGGGAGCUGGCUACUAUGCCCCUGGACUUGGUUGAGGAUGGGGAGGAGAUUAGGGAGGUGUUGGUGAGGAGGGGGAGGAAGUUCGAGGGCUUUGUUGGGCAGCAUUUUAAACAGUAUGAUGGUGUUGCGCUGAGGAAGACGGAGCAGGGGUAUGCGCGGAUUAAUGUUAAGGGCAGGGUUAUGAUUGAUUGUGAGACGUACCAUCGGCUGGAGGCGAAUGAUACUUUUGAUGUUGUGGAGUUUGGCGGGAAGGGCGGUGCGGAGGGCGGGAGGAGUAAUGCUGUUAGACAGGUUCGAGGAGGGAAGAGGAAGACGGUGAAUGCGGUGGGGUUUGUGGCGGAGAAGCGCGCGUUCGAGAAGUUGUCGGAUGAGGAUGCGUUGGUGGCUAAUGCGACGGUUAGGGGGUACGCGUUCGCUGUGAAGCAGUUUCUCGAGUUCUUCGUGGAUAAGGUGGCUCCGAUCGAGUGGAACGAGAGAUGUUUCGAUGACUUGGUGCUCGAUCAGGAUACAAAGAAGACGGUGCAGGCAGUCGUGUCGACGCAUUCGAGUAGUCGGGAUGGGUUUGAUGAUAUCGUGAAGGGAAAGGGGCAGGGGCUUGUGUGUGUGCUGCAUGGCCCCCCAGGCGUUGGCAAAACCCUCACAGCCGAAUGCGUCGCCGAAUACGUCAAACGACCCCUAUACAUGAUAUCCUCCGGCGAUCUAGGCGUGUCGAGCGGACAUCUAGACCUAAAUUUAACGCGGAUUAUGGAUCUGGCGUCGACGUGGAAAGCGGUUCUCCUAAUCGACGAGGCAGAUGUGUUUCUUGAGCGCCGGUCGUUGCACGACGUGCACCGCAAUGCGAUGGUCAGCGUCUUCCUGCGGGCGCUCGAGUACUACAGCGGCAUCCUUUUCCUAACGACGAACCGGGUGAGCACGUUCGACGACGGGUUCAAGUCCAGGAUACAUGUCCCCAUCCGCUACACAGACCUAAGCUUCCCGUCACGCCUGCAGAUCUGGAGGACGCUAUGCGGACGCGUGCCCGGCGGAGUCGACGUGGAUGAGGACGGGUUGGAGAGUCUGGCGAGACAUGAUAUGAAUGGACGGCAGAUCAAGAAUAUCAUCAAGGCGGCGGAGAGCCUUGCUGCAUUCGACGGCGUUAAGGUGGACUUGAGCCAGAUGGAACAGGUAGCUAGGAUACAGAACGCGUUCGAGAAGGACUUGACGAGUGUGGGAGGUGUGGAUUAUACGGCGCCCGGAGAGUCGAAAGGGGAUGGGUUUAACAUGUUCCUUUGAGGUGCUUUAUUUAGCGAUGGAAUAGGGCUAGGGAAAAGGGGUCGGCGAUGGCGUUUGUGCGGAGGACUUCCUACCUAGAUACCAGAUACUUUAUUUUGAUGCAUCUUAGCAUAUGGCGAUGAGCGUAGCGGAAAAUACCAUUAUUUUCUUUAAAAAAAAGUAACAAUCACCAUAGUAGAAUAGUUCUCAUUUAACGCGGCUACUUUGUGCAAGCUCAAGUGACGAGUAGUAAGGGCUAGCUAGAUAAAGUAUUGAUAUGAAAGCAUCAGUUGAG